AUGUCCCCAUCACCCCCAGACCCAAGAGGCUUCCCUUGUUCGCAGACAUACACUCCUGAUAGGCCGUUGCCCAAUUUUCCCCGCCAUAUCGCAUGUUGGGGAGCGCGUGUGGGCACGCGCAAAUGGAAGGCAGCGGCGAAUAUUGGCGACUUCGAGGCAAUGGCUGCUGUCCUCGCUCCUGCCGUCUUGGAUGCGGCGCUCGAACGAAUGUACGACGCUCGCAAGCCCAAGGUCCCUGAGAAAGGCCACGGGAGCGAGGCGCGCCAACCUCAUCCCGAGCGCCCCGGCCGCCGCACGUUCCAGGACUGGAUCGACCUGACGACGCAGAUCGUGCGAGAGGUGUAUGCUUCUGCUCUGUCCUCUCUGCCGCCAGAGUAUCAAGCACGGGCACCGCCGCUGUCUCGCGUCGGAAUUCUAUGCCGUAACACCAUGAACGCUGAGUGGUCGCCAAGCGUCGACUCGUCGUACUAUCCCUGUAGUUACAACAGGUCACGCCCGAUCCCCCUCGAGGAGCUCGAGCUCGCAGGGUGCGAUCCGAGAUCCGAAGCCAACUUCCCCGACGUACAGGAGUGGGUCCGUGUGGCGCGCGGCUGGGCUGAGCCGCCCCCAUACGAGCUCCCGGUUGCGUGCCCCGUGGAGGAGAUUGAGGUUAGCGAAGACGAGUAUGAGGAGACGUUGGCCGAGUUUCAAAGGGAGGCGCGUAUUCAGUGGAGAUUGGUAGGGGCGGAGCCGCCGACCAACGCUUAG